GUCUUGUUUGUUGUGUUAGGGAUUUAGGGACUGGCUAGGCUCAGGCGUGUCCAGGAUGCUAAUCACCUAACAUGCAUGGCUUGUCUUGUAGGUACACACUCAUUUUUCUCCCAGAUUGUAUUCUUGCAGGUGUUUGAUGGAGCACUGCUGUAGCCCGUCUCAGCUUAACCCUCUCUGGCCCAUAUACAGUCUCAAACAUUUCAUGGCUUAUAAUAUAUACACAUGCACCCCACGUUUGGUAUAAAUUUUCGUAUAGUUUGUUGUGUUAGUGUUUCAUGGGUGGUAGUUUUGUGAGACUGGUGGUAGUUUGACAAGGCAUCUUCCUUCUUUAGCAACACAACCUCGACCAAAGCCUUUUCAACUGUACUCAGGAGUGUUUUUUCACGUUCAUGAUGCAGCGGAAUCCUUGCCAAACUAUCACUAGGCUCAUAAAACUAGCCCCUCCCCCAUGGAAAUAGUAUACCGACACCACCUCAACAACCUCUACCAAAACCUUAUCAAACGUGACUGUUUGUGUGUGUGUGUGUGUGUGUGUGUGUGUGUGUGUGUGUGUGUGUGUGUGUGUGUAUAAGCCCAGAAAUGUUUGUGAAUAUGGGCUUGUUUGCACGAAUCUAGACAGACGUGUUUCAACCAGAGCCUAAAAAACCCCCAUUCAGAUCACAGAGAAGCUGAAUAAUUUUGUGAGAGCCGCUUGGACGGGCUGUUGAGUGUUGUCCUGUUGGUGGCUUGAGAACGGAGGAUUCUUCAGGGGUCGAGGCACGCAGCUCCUCCUAAUCCUUCUUCUCCUCCUCCUCCUUCUCCUCCAUUACAAGAGAGAAGAGAGCUGCCAGUUUAGGAGUCAAAGAGUCAAACAUGGAGGGCACCGAUGAUUUCACACGCCCACCGCCCUCGCCGCCCAUGUCCCCCCACGCCCUGCCGCCCCACGCCCGCGUCUCUGCCUUCUCCGUUGUCACGCCCCACACCAAGAUGUCCCCCGGGAAAGGAUGCGACAGUCCCCGCAGCGGCUGCGUGGCCUCCAGCGCCCUGGUGCCCCCCAGCGGCUACCUCAACAACACGUGGCCGCUCACGCCGGGCCUCCUCUACCCCUACUCGUCCUCCCUCAUGCGUUCUUACGCCUCCGCCGCCACGCUGGGCUCCCUCUGGAACAGCGGAUCCCUCGGCGGACACCAGGGCAAGCACUACACAGGCACACUGCCGCCCUCCCCCGAGAAGCGCGACGAGCCCCUGAACCUGUCCCUGAAGAGCUGCCGCCCUGCCAAGGCCGCCAUCUGGUCCCCCGCCUCGGCCCUGGAGCAGGAGGAGAAGGAGGAGUCGCUGCCGUCCCCCACGGGCCGCCUCAGCCCCAUGGACUCAAGCGACUGCGAGGCGACACACCCCACGCAUGAGGAGCCCUGUCGUGACCCCCGCGCCGCCGCUCUCGACCCCCUCAGCCUGCGCCUGGGCCUGCGCCAGUACGCGGACUUCGUGGUGAACCUGCAGGGCCUGGCCACGCGCGACAAGGAGGGUGAGGCGGCCCCCGUGGGCCGCGAGGAAGGGCUCUCUUCCCCCUGGUGCGCCGGCGUGUGGCCCUGGGCGCCGGUGUACCGCGGCGGCUCCGAGGUGUUCAGCUGCCAGCAGUGCCCCAAGACCUUCAGCUCGCCGCUCAGCCUCGACGUGCACGUCAAACGCGCGCACUCCCCCGCGGCGGCCACCAAGCCCUGCGACGCCGCCUACCCCGCCGACCCCGACAAGGGCGUCACGCAGCCCUCGCCCUACACCAGCGUCUCGCCCGCCAGGACCGAGAAAACCUUCCAGUGCAAGCAGUGCGGCAAGUGCUUCAAGCGGUCGUCCACGCUGUCCACCCACCUGCUCAUCCACUCGGACACGCGGCCCUACCCGUGCCAGUACUGCGGCAAGCGGUUCCACCAGAAGUCCGACAUGAAGAAACACACGUACAUACACACGGGCGAGAAGCCCCACAAGUGCGUGGUGUGCGGGAAGGCGUUCAGCCAGUCCUCCAACCUCAUCACGCACAUGAGGAAGCACACCGGGUACAAACCGUUCGCCUGCGGCCUGUGCGAGAAAGCUUUCCAACGGAAAGUUGACCUUCGCCGACACCGUGAGUCCGUGCACCCCAACUGUGACCACAUCCCGCCGCCGCCCCCGCAGCCCUUCCCCGUCCUCGAGGACUCCGAGAACAACAACAACAGCAGCACCAACAACAACAACAUCGCCAGCAACAACAACAACAGUGACAGCCACAGCAACAAUAACAAUAACAACGACAGUUUGAGUAACAACAAUUCCCCUGAGGACGCCGACCCAGCCCCGCCGCCGUCCUGCGAGGGGCGCGCCGCCCCGGCCAGGCAGUCCCGCGCUUCACCCGCCGCCCCCGGCGAGGCCCGGCGGCUGCUGUGCCAACAGGGCAUCGCGCUGUACACACAGGCGCAGGACUAACCCCAGGGCCGACACGCAGCGCCGGCCGCCCCGAGCCGGUGCUGCCCGCUUCGCCCCGCCCCGCCCCGCUGAGGUGCUGCUCCUGGAGGACGCGGAGAAGAAGAAGGAGGUGUUGUAUUUAUGUAUUGUGUUCGUGAGCCGCGGACUUGACACUGUGUGUGUGUGUGUGUGUGUGUGUGUGUGUGUGUGUGACAGUCUCUAGUUCAUUUUCAAUGGAUAUGUCGCAAGUGUAAAUUGGAAAAGAGGCUACAGAGGUGUUAGCGCCCUCUGGCGGCCUGGCAGUGCGCGGCGCUGCGCGGCGGCCCCCGCGAUGGGCAGCCGCCGCCACAAAGACUGCAUUGCUGAGCCUCAGCGAGCAGUGCUGCCCACGGCGAGGCUUCGACAGGAGUCACCGCACGGAAAACCAGCCACGCCUGCGUCCAGCACAACGGCGCAGCGCCGGUGUGGCGUCCGUCGACUCCCUGCUGCAGCCAAGGCCAAGAAAUGCCUUGCGCCCCAGUGCUGAGCCCCAGGACGAAGAGGCAGCAGCUCAGCAACUCAGCGCCGCGCCGCGAGGGAACACCAGCCUACCGGGGGCCGCGGCGUCGCCAUAGUCACUGUCUUAGUCGGCCUGAGGUACAAACACUUCAGUAUUAACGUGGAAAAUAAAAAAAACAGAAAACAGAAAAAAGGAGAAGUAUAAGAAUAGUCUGAUUUAUGCACGCAUUAGGACUGUGUGUGUGUGUGUGUGUGUGUGUGUGUGUGUGUGUGCUGCAGCCUAGGAGAGGAGCCGCCGCCGUUCCUUAGUUCCUCGUCACACUGUAAGGGACUAGUCACUUAGCAUCAAACCAAAGUAACUUUAAGUCAAUCCUAUUUAUGGUGUCGAAGUAGUGGCCGUGAGGUGUUGUAAGUAAUGUUUAGCCUAAGUUCCGUGUUCUUUCUUUCUCUCCGACCCAGUGAGCAGGUGGCUGUGGAGGCCGUGCCGGGCACACCGUUCUGUAGUGUCACGAGCACCGUAGAUACGUAUUCAUUCCGUCCUCAGCAUUCCACUGACUGUUACGCGUCCACUGCUACAUCGUGAGUCUGGCUGUCAAGGUGUUAGUCUAGUGAUGUGUUUGUACGUACAUGCGUGAUGCACGCAGACGAUAGUGUUGGCGUUCACGCUGUGCCUUUAUAGUCCCGUGGCCUCGCGCCCCACCACACUGUCCCCCGCCCCCUCGCUGUCACCCUCACCUUCCCCGCGACGCUGGCCGGGCAGCGCGCUGCUUGGAGGACCUCGGAGGCCCUGCAACGGCCCUUUCCGAGGAUGGCCCCGCCCCGCCCCGCCCUGGCGCUGCCCACACCCCUGCGUGCCCCGUCACGAGACGCCCCAAGCGGCUCCUGCCGCCGUGUCUCGUGUGGCCCCGCCGCGACCCUGCCCCCGUGGCCGCCCUUCACCGAGUGUUCGAGAGUCGCAAACCCGAGGGCAUGGCCGUGACGCGCGGGGAAGCCCCGCCGCCCCCUGGCUGAUAUAUGACUAUUCCUCGCCCUUCUGCCCCUCCACCCCUCCAGCAGACACCCCCAGGGCACUCGGUGUCCCCUCUGCCCCGCCCCGCCUGUCUCUUCCUCUUCUUCUUCUUCUUUUGCUGCUGCUGCUGUUAAUGCUGCGCCGCCUGUAAUCCGUCAACUUGAUGCGCGUCGCUCAAUUGGUUUCACAAUCCAAGAAUGCCAAAGACUCCUUUGUGUUAUACUUAAUACUUCUCGCCGUCACGUGGACUGAAGCAUCUGAGUCUGUCGUCGCUGUCCAAGCAACUCACGCGCGAGCGUCGAGCAAGGGGGGGGGGGGGCGGCGAGGGAGAGAGGGAGGCUGCGUGCGUGCGAGGCAGCGAGGGAGCGGCCAGCUAGAACAACCAAAGAUUGCCUCGUCCCGUGGGCACAGCCGCCCCGCGACGCCGCACGCCAUGGCGCUGAUCGCCUUGCGGGGCGGCUGUCACCCAGGCCCCAAACCCGCCGGCCUGGGUCACGCUCUUGUCAUAGUCCGGCCGCGGCGCCGCCCGUCACCCGCCCCGCUAUGCAUUCGUCCACCUCCCUGAGUCCCCUCCCGCCCUGCCCCGCCCGCCCCUCCCCUCGGUCCCCAGCAGCACCCCCCCCCCCCCUUCACUCUUCCCUCCUCGCGUAAGGCACAUUGGAAAAUAGAAAUUACUAAGCUAAGACAAGGAGACAAACUUAUUGUUGGGAUAUAGUCAUAUAUAAAGAUGUACUUUAAUGUAUUCUUAAGUGUAAU